AUGAAGAAGGGGAGGGUUCUCAGCCUCCCAUUUGCAAAAGAAACGAGAAAGCUGCCACGCGGCUGCGACGACUUUGUGAUGGCUCUAGGACGCGCGCUGCGCAGCCAGACGUCCAAGGAAAGUCCUGGGUACCGCGACAUGGGGCGCAACCACUCCAGAGACGAAGGCUUCGUCGACGUCCAGCCGGAGGCGGAGGACAGCCCGGACGAAUCUUCCCCGCGAAAAAAAAACGGACGCAAGCAACACGGAACCCUCGCUCUCAAGCGCUACCCAACAAAGCGAAGUAGACCCCACGAGCCAGGCGAGCGACACGUGGCCAACGUGCGCGUGGACAAGUUCCGAAAUCGAAGCCCAACGCACGGCCGGACGCGCAGCCCCGCCCGUGCCGAAGGCCUCGCCGCCUGCGGAUGCCGGGCUGCUCGAGAUGCAACCCCCGCCAGCGCCGAACGACUUGCAGCUGCUGGAGAAGGACGCGCCCGUCCGAAGGACGCGCAGCCCGUGAUGCAGCCCGCGCCGCCUUUCACGAAGGCCGCGCCGCCCAAGAAGCAGGACGAGCCCCCAAGAAGCAGGACACGGCGCCCGUGA